UUGUGUACAGGACCAAACUCUACAGCACUUCAAAAAUCCCUUAAACAGCUACACGUUCAGACUAUAUGCAGAGUCUCCAAACCUUUGACACCAAGGACAGUGUUAUCCACAAACAUACUGUACAGAUAUGGCCACCUCCAGCAGUCUCCUGUCUAAAGAGCAGUUCCUGUGCUCUAUCUGUCUGGAUGUGUUCACUGAGCCGGUCACCAUUCCAUGUGGACACAACUUCUGCAAGGCCUGUAUCACAAAGUACUGGGAUAGCAUCGACCUGUUCCAGUGUCCAAUGUGUAAAAAAACAUUUGAUAAGAGACCAGAUCUGUUUGUCAAUACUUUCAUUUCUGAGAUGGCUGCUCAGUUCAGGAAGUCAUUUCAGGAGAAAGCUACCAGCAGCCCAGAACAAUGUCCUGCUCAACCCCUAGAUAUUACCUGUGACUUCUGCACUGGGACGAAGCUCAAGGCCCUGAAGUCCUGUCUGGUGUGUCAGACCUCUUACUGUGAGACUCACCUGGAGCCUCAUCAGAGAGUCGCAGCCUUAAAGAGACACAAGCUGAUCAAUCCUGUGGAGAACCUGGAAGACAGGAUGUGUAAGAAGCACGACAGACUCCUGGAGCUGUUCUGUAGGAGGGACCAGACAUGUCUUUGUGUCUUGUGCUUGAAAACAGACCACAUGACUCAUGACACUGUCCCUCUAGAGGAAGAGUAUGGAGAGAAGAUGGCUAAACUGGGGAAGACUGAGGCAGAAGUUCAGCAGAUGAUCCAGGAGAGACUGCAGAAGGUGAAGGAGAUCAACGACUCAGUAGAUCUAAGCAAGAGAGCGGCAGAGAAAGAGAUAUCAGACAGUAUACAGGUCUUCACUGAUCUGGUGCGCUCCAUUGAGAGAAGCCAGGCGGAGCUCAUUGAGGUGAUUGAGGAGAAGCAGAAAGCAGCAGAGAGGCAGGCUGAAGGGCUCAUUAAAGAGCUGGAGCAGGAAAUCACUGAGCUAAAGAGGAGAAGCACUGAGCUGGAGCAGCUCUCACACACUGAGGACCACCUCCACCUCCUCCAGAGCAUUCCAUCCCUCUGCACCCCUCCACCCACCAAGGACUGGUCUGAGAUCAGUGUUCACAGUGAUCUGUGUAUGGGGACUGUGAGGAGAGCUGUGUCUCAGCUGGAGGAGACACUGAAUAAAGAGAUGGAGAAGCUGCCUGAAGUCAAACUGAAGAGGAUUCAGCAGUAUGCAGUGGAUGUGACUCUGGACCCUGAUACAGCACAUCCCAGUCUCAUCCUUUCUGAAGAUGGGAAACAAGUGAGACACGGAGGCACACGGCGUAAUCUUCCAUAUAAUCCAAAAAGGUUUGAUAGAGCUUUAUAUGUCCUAGGAAAUGAGGGCUUCUCCUCAGGGAGAUUUUACUAUGAGGUGAAUGUUCAGGUGAAAACUAUGUGGACUUUAGGAGUGGCCAGAGAGUCCAUCAACAGGAAGAUCACAAAGAGCCCAUUAAAUGGAUGCUGGGCUGUGGUCCUGAGGGAUGGGAGUAAGUACUCAGCCUGUACCUACUCCUGUGUCUGCUUAUACCUCAGAGAGAAGCCCCAGAAGGUGGGGGUGUUUGUGGAUUAUGAGGAGGGUCAGGUCUCCUUUUAUGAUGUAGACGCCAGGUCUCAUAUCUACUCUUUCACUGGUUGCACCUUCACAGAGAAACUAUAUCCAUUCCUUGGCCCUGGCAAUGAUAAAGGUGAAAACUCUGCCCCUCUGAUAAUCUCUCCUUUCAAUCACACAGACUGAGUUCUAAACUGAACUAAAUGACCAGUACAUUUAGUAAAUGUAGAAUAAUCAUAAUCUGUUGUCAUACACCAGGGAGAAUAUUUAACUGUAAUGUUAUUACUGGUGGUGGUUGUUUGUGUCCACCAGCAUUGUAAGAUAUAAGAACAUCUCUCCAGGCUCAUAAUAAGGUAGGAUUCAUAUCUGGGAGUUACAUUUCGUAGGAAUUUUUGAUCAUGAAAUAAUAUAAGCAAUAUGUUUGUUUUUUAAGCUCAUUUAUUGUUUGCACUGUAUAUCUCUAAUAACCUUUAAUAAACUUGAAUCCUGCAUUUG